UUCCGCCUCAGCCUGUCUCCGCCGUCGCGACUUUCUUACGAUAUCAAAUUAUAUGAUCACGAAAGACUGAAAGAACAGUUGACACCUACGCUUUUCACCUGAGCUGAAGAGCUCCCAUCGUACUUCAAACAAGCCUCGCAGUCCACUAACGGGACCUACGCCACACACUAUCUCCCAAAAUGCCGCGCGCAGAAGCAGGAAGCACAAAAGCAAUCAGCAACAAGAUCAAAUCUAAAGGUCUUCAGCGACUGCGAUGGUACUGUCAGAUGUGCGAGAAGCAAUGCCGAGAUGAGAACGGAUUCAAAUGUCAUACUCAAAGCGAAAGCCACGUAAGAAACGCGCUUUUGGUUGGCGAGGAUCCGAGGAAAUAUAUCGAGGAGUACAGCAAGGACUUUUUGAAUAAUUUCCUUACUCAGUUGAGGACGUCUCACCAGGAAAAAGCUAUACACGCCAACAUAUUUUACCAGACUAUAGUUGCGGAUAAGACGCACGUGCAUUUGAACGCAACAAAAUGGAAGAGUCUGACGCAAUUUGUGGCUUAUCUGGGACGUGAAGGACUUUGUCGCGUCGAGGAGACGGAGAAGGGCCUUUUUAUCGCGUAUAUCGAUCGGAGUCCGGAGGCGAUGAGGCGGAGAGAGGCGCUUUCGAAGAAAGAGCGUCAGGAUCGUGGUGAUGAGGAGAGGGAGCAACGGCAGAUUCAGGAGCAGGUUGAGCGCGCGAAGCAAAAUGCGGACAGGCAGGAGGAGAUAGAUCCUGAAGCGAGAAAUCUGCAGCGGAAGGAGGGCGAGAAAGUCAAGCUUAAUAUUGGCUUUAGUUCGAAGGCGAAUGACGAGUCGAAGACCGAGUCCCCGAAACCACAAUCUCCCGAGGAAAAGGAUAACGCCGCUUCUUCGGCGACGCCGGAACCUGCCGCUACUUCUGCAUCUCCGGACUCGGCCCCUGCUCCGGCCCCGGCUUCUGUUCCUGCUCCUGCUCCUGUCCAGGAUGCGCCAAAGCCGGCAGUCAAGCUGUCGAUGUCAUUGGGUGACAAGAAACCGAAGAAUGUGUUUGCUGCUGCGGCGAAGAAGAACCCACUUGCCGGGAAGAAGGGCCCCGUGAUGGAAGCUCCCAAGAAGAUGAGUGAGCAGGAGAGGAUCAUGAAGCAGGAAAUGGAGGCAAUGGAGAAGAAGCGCAUGCGUGGAGGAUUUGGAAUGCCGAACCCCAAGCGCCCGAAAUUGUCCUGAAGUCGACUUAUCGCUCAUAUUUCCCCUUCACAAACGUCCAACAGCAAUUUGGGUUCUUGGCCACUAUCGUCUCACCGGGCACGCGUCGAUCCAAUCCAUCCCCGCAGAAUCUGAUUAUGAUAGACAGAUGUUGCGCGACUUAUUCGAACUGCAUGGUUGCGGUUACGGAGAUUGUUCACUUCCAUAUAUGACAUAUGGUGUGACACGGCUCGGUCUGCAGAAACAUCGUUUCUCAGCCCAAAGUUUUUGCUUAAGGAUACUCUAUUGCAAACCACUGAAUUAUGAUACCCAAAAAGAAAUAUAUGUUAAUGUACUUUCUUCAUGAAGCAAGGAUAUAGUUUGCAGCGACUCUUUGCAUAAACGGUUGCCUCCGACCUAGGCAUGUCUUGAGUCAUUAAAAGAAAUAUUGUACUUUAGUUAUGCUCUGCAUGUUACAUAAUUUCAAUCAUCCUAGCUAGCAUAGUACUUACUGUUCAGAUUUCCAGGUAGGAAGAGCAACAGACACCUCACAUAGCCACGAUAAAUAGAACCGAAUAC